CUCGAACACUAGAUUUAGAAAAAAAUGAAAUGCCUUUCCUAGUUCCAUUUUUAGGGGAGAAGGAAAAUGUCCGCCGCCUUGCUCCGCCAUAGCUCAGAACCCAGAAUACACCAAUCACGGCGUCGUCUCAGCUCCUGAUAUCCCUUCUCCGGCUCUUUUCAUUCAACUCCGACCGCCGUCCGCGAGGGCAUAGGUCAGAUACUUGCAGCUCAAUUUCAGAGAACCGGAAACUUUUAACACAUUUUGCUCCCAAUUCGUUUCGGACCUGUUAUGAAACCCUAAUUAUAUAUUGAUGUUUGAAUUUCACACGUAUUUCGAUUCGUGUGAAUUGGGCUUGAAUUUAAAACUUUAAUAGCUUGGAAUGGAUUGCAAGAAUUUAAUGUCAUGUUAUCUCUCAUAUAGGUAUCAUUAUCAACAAUGGCCAACACCUGCUUUGGCAGAUUCAGUUUAAUCUCCAACACUCUUGUUCCCCUUCCCUGCAAAAGAAAGUCCAGAAUCAUUUUCGCGACAAUAUUUUCGACGUGCGCGUCGACAAGCUUGUCCACAAGUGUAAGUCUAGUCCAUCCUUGCCCGUCAUUGCUUUUGACGGGCAACAUAUCUCCACCUAAUGCCCCACAACGGUCCGAGGAGUGGUUUGCCCUUCGUAAGGACAAGUUGACCACGAGCACCUUUAGCACCGCAUUGGGACUAUGGAAAGGGAAGCGCCGGUACGAACUUUGGCAAGAGAAAGUGUUUGUGCUCGAUGGCCAUCAUCCACCACCUGUGGAGUCCCCUAGUAAGUGUGCCAUGGAGUGGGGUUCUCUCAUGGAAGAAGUGGCUAUCGAGCAAUACAAGAGCAUCACGAGACGCGAGGUGAGCUCAUUGGGGUUUGCAUUGCAUUCGGAUGAUAAGUACGAUUGGAUCGGUGCGUCUCCAGACGGACUCUUACAAGAAGAAGGUGGAGGAGGAGGAGGAGGGAUUCUAGAGGUGAAGUGCCCUUACAACAAGGGGAAGCCUGAAGAGGGGCUCCCGUGGUCGACCAUGCCUUUUUACUAUAUGCCUCAAGUACAAGGACAAAUGGAAAUCAUGAACCGAGAUUGGGUGGAUUUGUAUUGUUGGACACCAAACGGGAGCACGAUAUUUCGUGUGGGUAGAGAUCGCGAGUAUUGGGAGUUGAUGCAUGGGAUAUUGUGGGAGUUUUGGUGGAAGAAUGUGGUUCCAGCUAGAGAGGCAUUGUUAUUAGGGAGAGAGGAGGAGGCGAAAUCGUAUGUUCCAACGUCUACACAUCAAAAGACCGGAUUUGUGAUCGCUAGAAGCUUGAAGUUGGCCAAAGAGGCUAGAUUGUGGUGCAGGGAUAUUGCUGGUCAUACCGAGUUCCACCAAUGAUUCACACUCAGCCCUUAACGGCGUGAAGAGUGGAUUGGAUUAUCAAUCACACUGUUAGAAGCUUCGUUUGGGAAUAGCGUUUUGGGUUAUUUUUUAAUGGUCCAGAUUGACGUGGAAAACGUUGACGCUAAAAGCUACUGUUGGGUAACAUUUGCAAAACCUCCAAGCUAAUGCCAAACAUAGCCAGAGAUUUGUUUGCACUACAUGGCUAUUUUUUCUUGGUUUGUUUCUUAGCUAUAUACGUUGCCCUCAUGUGCCUGGUUAGAAAUGGCUGUAGAAUUAAGCAAUCCAGUAUGUUUAACUCCAUCAAUCCUUGUAAUCCACUCUAUAUAUUACGGAGUACAUCUUGUAAUGCUAGAGUCACAAACAAAAUAUUUACAAAGUA